CUAUAUGAAUGUACUUGUGAGUCAGUGUAUUGUAAUUAGGUUUCUAUGCAGUGUAUUAUGCUGAAAUUUUUCAUUUCAUUUUCUUACAGCAAAUAGGAACAUACAUUAUCAUUAGCAGCAUCCAAACUAGCAACACUAAUUGAAAUUGUACAGAUUAAUGUAUAAUAUAAUAAAUCUAUGUUGCUUUUUCUUUCUAAAUUCAAAUUUCAGUUCUUCUUGUACAUUGAGACUCAGUGGAUCAACGGACCAUUCCAGUUGGCUCAGUGGUCUGUCUACGGCAAAGCAGUGCGUACUAACCGAAUAAACAGCUGCCUGGGUCAGCGCCUUGGAAUCUACCGACUAGCUGCAGAGAUGCACAAGGAGGCACGGUUUGUCGUCACCCUGCAGGUGCGACUUCUGUCAGAGAGGCGUCUCGUCAGGGUGCAGAGGAAGGCCUACAGAACCAGUCAGGCUCGACUAUUCAAGUUGUGGGAGGAAUAUCCCGUGAAACGCUCAGCCGCUUCACUACUCCGAGGCUGUGAAGCGACAGAUCAUCAAGACCAGCACAGAUCAUCAAGAUAUAUCCAGAAGGGAUUAAUGGAAUGGCAAACAAGAUGAGACAAAGAUUAACAAAGACCCCACAGUCAGUGAGAAUAAAAGUCUGUGGUAAUGUCCUGGAACUAGUUUGUUGACGCCCCCCC